AUGACGACCUCUGAAAGUGGUUUAGACAAGUACAUCUUAGUUGGAAUUAUUGUUGGAUCAACAAUGUUGGUGAUUUGCACAUGGCUGAUUACCGAUUUCUGUUUAUAUCAUCGGGAAAAAGCGAAGCACAAGGAAAAGAAAUCCGCAAAAUUCUACACAAAGAAACCGAAACGAUUACAAAUGCACCAUGUCUCAAUGCAAGUACCAUUACCUGUCCCCAAUACUGCUGCCCCUGAAGCAUCAACAGACAAAGAUUACUCAACAGCGAAAUCACCCAGAACAACGUCACCAGUUCAAGCGCCAUUAUCUCCAACAGGCAAUACCCUCUCUCCGAUACAAAACAAGUUGAAGAAGAAGCUCAAAAAAGAAAAGGCAAUGGGCAGUUCCCCCAGAAACGUGCAUAAAAAAUCUUCCAAUGAAAAGGGUUCAUUCAAACUUUCUGAGGAUGAAGAGUCAGAUUUUUACUCAGUGAUUAACGAUGAAAAGGCUACAGAUGACUGA